AUGUCCUAUUAUAAAUCUAGUAAACAACUAUCGCAGUCUAAAGUAUCGGAUAUUAACCGGUUCGGUUCCGAUGAUACAUUCGUAGUGGACCUUGAAAGCAAAGUCGAUAGCCUUAAAAAUUCAAAAGUGUUCAAUUCUGCAUCAUUAUCGCUCAACACGACAUUGCUAAAUAUGAGUAAAAUAGCUCGAGGAUAUAAUGAUAAUAUAAUUAUAAUUGAACUGAUUUAUAUAAGGAUUCAAAUUUCAAAAUUUCAAAAUGGUUCUAAACUCAUUCAGAUUGAUUCUCGCUGUAUAUAUCGGAAGGUUUUGUGGUUUACAACCUUCCACUCAUACGAGAAAUAUGAAUUAAGAGAACGAAUGAAAAGACCGUUUUAUAAAGAGAAUGAUCGAGUUGAACAAAUAUCACAUUAUGCAAAUAAAUUAGCUAGAAAUUUAAAUUUCAAUACAACAGAAUGGGAUUCAAUACUGUUAAAAUCAAAGGAAAGGCAUUUGGAAUUUAAGCCUAUUGAUAUAGCGUUAUUACUAAACAGUCUUUCAAGAGGUAGAAUAUACGACAAGGAGUUAUUUGAACUUUUGAUUCCACAAAUAAUAAAGAAAAUCUCAUUUUUCACAUCGGUUCAUCUUUCGAUGGUUUUAUCAGCCUACUCUAAGGGAAAAAUGCUAACACCAGACCUUUAUAACAUUUUAAAAUUCGAAAUCUCAUCAAGAAUAUACGAAUUUAGGACUUCAAUUGAAAUGUGUAUGGUAUUGAACGCAAUAUCAAAGUUUGGAGAUAAUGAUAAGAUAUUUUUAUCUAAAAUUUCUAACCACAUACUAAAGUCAUUUCGGUACUUCAACUUCAGUCCACAGGAACUUAGUGUAAUUAUAAACUCUUUAGUAACACUUGGAUACUACCAUGAACAGCUUUUUAACAUUUUCUCAAGUCAGUUAAUGAUCAAUAACGGAAAUAUAGGCAAUUUAGUAAAUAAUUUAAACGCGUGUAAUAUAUUUGAGCUAUUAAGAGUUCUGAACGGGUUCAUGAUAUUUGAGAAUAAUUAUAAGGAUAUUCAGAACCAGUGCAAACAUGAAAUAGUUUCAAGAGUAAGAUUUUCAGCCCCAAAUGAUCUUACCAACUCACUUUAUGCACUUGGGACAAUAAAAUCUACACUAAAUAACUCAAACAUAUCAGUAAACCAGGAAAUAAUAGAAGAAAUAGUCAUGUCAAUAAAGAACAGAUCUUUAAACACUUUACAGAAUUUUAAAAUGGAAUGUGUUUCAAAUCUAUUGGUGUCGUUCUCCAAAUGGUCAUUUGAACUUGGGCAACAAGAACUCUUAAAUAUCAUUGAACAUAUGUUCACAAUUAGGAUGGAAUUGAACAUUGUAGAUUUAAGUAAUACACUGGUAGCAAUCACCAAAUUAUUCUGUGCCUCGAGCUGUAUAAAUGAUUUUAAUGAUAUAAAGAGUGUUGGUGAAAAUAACCAAAUACUAUUAGUUAUACAAAAACUUAUGAGGAAAUGGUCAAAUGAGAUUAUUGCACUGUUGGAACAGGAGAAGAAUGAAUUGAACACAAUUAUUAAGAUCAUAGACUGUUAUAAUAAAUUCGGGGUAUAUGAAGAUAAAUUGUAUUCAAAAAUCAAGAGUAUCAUAGCUUUGAACCAUUUGGGAGAAUUGAAUAAGAAUAACGCAUACAGUCUGUAUGAAAUAUUCAAUAAACAUAGAGGUAUGUGUAGGAUUAAUUCAAACAAAUUUUCAGAAUACACAAAGUACGACGAUUUCAUGGAAAUUUUAACACAAUCAAUAUCCUAA